AGGUUAGGAUUAAGUCAUCAUCAAAACAAAACCGACCGUUUCCGUUACUUGCUCAAAUACCAUCACCACUCGGAGAUGUCUGCCACCGGAGAAGAUGUCGCUCCCGCCGUUGAAAAGCCGGUGGAAGAGGUGAAGGCGCCGAAGCCUGCGAAGGAGAAGAAGCCCAAGGCGCCGAAGGAAAAGAAGCCCAAACAGGCCAAAACCGCUUCACAUCCUCCAUAUUUUCAGAUGAUUAAGGAGGCUCUGCUGGCUCUGAACGAGAAAGGAGGUUCGAGCCCUCACGCGAUAGCGAAGUACAUGGAGGAGAAGCACAAGGCGGUGCUCCCUGCGAAUUUCAAGAAGAUUCUAGGCCUGCAACUGAAGAACCAAGCCGCGAGAGGGAAACUCAUGAAGAUCAAGGCCUCGUACAAGUUAUCCGAAACCGCGAAGAAGGAGAAAAAGGAGAGCGCAACCAAAGUCACCAAGGCCAACGCGGAGAAGAAGGAAUCGCGCCCGAAACGAAGCAGGCGCGUAACCGCCACUGCUCCGAAAAGCAAGAAAGGCGAGGCGGUUAAGAAGGCUGGGCCGAAGAAGGCCAAGAAAGUGUCGACGCCCGCGAAGCCCAAGCAGCCCAAGUCCAUUGGUCCCCAUCCAAGAGGGCCCGGAAAACUACCGUUGCCGCUGCGUGAAGUUGGAUUAUGAUAGUUUAAGUUUGUUAGUAUAUUAUAUAUGUAGAUAUGAAAGGUGUGAGUCUACUAGUUUGCUGCACAAGCUUGAAGGGGGUUGUGUGGUUUAGGAUCGUUUAGGGUUGUGCAGACAUGAGACAGUGUAGUAUUGUUCGCAGUAAUAAUGGAUCAAAUACAUAUAUUAUGAGUUUUACUCUUCUCAA